AAAUAUAUAUACACACACACACACACAUAUAUACACAUAUAUACACACACAUAAAUAUAUAUACACACACACACAUACGGUGCCUUCAUCUGCACCAAAUCCCAUGAUUUACUUACCAGCAUCAUCACAAUCACACAGUGUAUCACACACAAUAGGAAUCACACAGUGUAUCACACACACACACAAUGCUCGGACUCUGAGCAUUACACACACUGACACACGCUCAGCCCUGCAAGAACAAUGCACUGAACAGGCCCCAAACAGAACCAGCAAAAUAUCCUUCUGGGUCUAGACGUACAUUCACAACCAGUGCUGCAAACAAGCUAAUCCAGAACCAACCAGUACAGCACCUGGAGCAAAUCCAACAGAACCUCAGAUCAGAACCAGUACAGCACCUGGAGCAAAUCCAAGAGAACCUCAGAUCAGAACCAGAACAAGACCCGGAGCAAAUCCAACAGAACCUCAGAUCAGAACCAGGACUUUUUUCAGCACCAUAAGCAGAAGCGAGUGGCAAUAAGAGGGAGUGAGGUCCAGGAGGGACCCUACAGAACAUCUCAUGGGUUUCUGGGUUGUGGCCCCUGUGAGCAAAUAGGGUGCAGCUUGUGUCUGUCACUGGAGCCCCAAUGGCUGAGACUGAUCUCCAGGCUCCCCCCCUUCCUGCUCAUACAACUGGGGUUCUGUUGCAGCAUCUGGGAGCUGAGUGACCCUGAAUCCUGGAGAAGGCCAGAGGGAGCGAGGAGGACGUAUCCCAAUUCCUUGUUAUUCUCCGUCACAGACCAAGAUCUGACUGCCGACAUAUUCAGGGGCUGCUCAGAGGAAUGGGGGUCCAUGCACACGAUUGGGGUGCCACCAUUUAGAUCUGGUACAAACACACAAAAGCAUUUUGUCCAGAAUCUCGGAACCAAUGACUUGUGUUUCUUCUGUGACCCUGCGAUCCAAGGGCUGCAUGUGGGGUCUGACAGUGCUGGAUAUGGCCCAUAUUCCAAUGUAUCUGAGCCCAGCAGUGCUGGUUCUGUUCAGCUGCGACCUCUGCCUGGUGAGAGCAAACAGGCCACCAUCUCCAGUCAAUGUGACAGUUACACAUCUAAAGGCCAACUCAGCCACUGUGAACUGGGAUGUGCCUGAAGGAGACAUUAUCAUUGGAUAUGCAAUCUCACAGCAGAGACAAGACGGACAGAUUCACAGGUUCAUACGAGAGGUGAACACAACCAACCGAGCCUGUGUGCUCUGGGACCUGGAGGAAGACACCGACUACAUUAUCCAAGUGCAGUCUAUUGGGCUGUACAGCGAGAGUCAGGCCAGCAAGAGGAUCCAUUUCCGCACGCUGAAGGCAACAGACAAAGUGCCCUCUAACAGCUCCAAUCAGGGAGAUAUCACAGUCCAGGGGGUGGAUAAGGAACGGCAGCUGGAAACUGGGGAGAUAAUCAUCAUUGUGGCCGUGUUGCUUAUGUGGGCAGCUGUAAUUGCGCUCUUCUGUCGACAAUAUGAUAUCAUUAAAGAUAAUGAUUCUAACAACAACAAAGAGAAGACAAAACCGUCAUCGGAACAGAGCACUCCGGAGCGGCAGACGGGGGGCUUACUGCGGAAGAAGAAGAACCCAUCGGUCAACAUUAUAGAAGUAUAGCGCAUCUGUGUCCAGGCCUUGAGCCCAAACUGAUCCCACUGUGUCCUGGACUCAAGGCCUCCAGGUUGGAUGAAAUGCACAAGAGCGCUGGGCACUUCGUAUAGCAAUACCACUAAACUCCGCUACCAGCAGGGUUUACUCAAGGGCUUACCCCGUUCACUGUAAUCACCUAAAAAGAGAACUCAUUGACUGUACAGUCUGUCUACGACUUAAGAGCCAUGAACUCUCUUUAAGGCUGUGGAUGUCUUUGUCAGAGAAUGGCCAAGAUGUAAAUGCCGAUAUGGUGUUUCCAAUUAUUAUGAAAUGUAUGUGCAAGAAACCAGGAUCUGUUAUGUUCUAUUUUUUGCUAUGAAAUCAUCAAACAGAUUCCAGAGUAUUGUUCAUCAGUGAUAGGAUGUUCUUGGACUGGGUUCCGAGGACUAUGGUGGGUAUCUCUAAGACAUGCCAUGUUACAUUCAUGAGGGGAUUGGGGACAAUCUGUGUUAGCAAAGACUUGCAACGCUCAUUCUGUAAGUCUUUUGUGACCAUUGACACAAAUUUGCAGCUAUAGACAGAAGUAUGAUGGUGAGGUCUCCCUAUUACUCAUUGUCCGUCCCAGCAAUGCCUCUGUUCUACAUUUGGUCCCUCUUUCUGGCAAAGCUUUUAUGUCUCACCAUGGAGUCCUGCAGCGCAGGUGUAAAGUUAACAAUGUAGUUAUAUAUAGUUUUAUAUUGCCUCUGCUAUUAAUGGAGUUUCACAUUGCCCUUGCUUUGUGUGAAUUAUUUUCUAAUAUAGUGAAGGCUGAUCUCUCCUUAUGGAACUUGGUCAAUGGAUACAGAGCAACAAUGUUAUCUAGCAUCUGAUUUCUAGAUAGCGCCCUUGGCAAUUAACAGUGCACAUGAUGUUCUAGAUAGAAAAGAGGACUGAUACGAGUAUCUACAUAUACAUAUUCUGUGUCCUGUUAUGGAUAAAAAGUUGCCUGGCAAAAGUGUCUACUUUCUGUUCAUUAUAGCAAUGUUGGAUAUCAUCUCCUUUCAAGUUUGACAAGUUAUAGAGACCUCUUUAUGAUCUUGCGUAGACUGGCUGGCUGGUGAGAGUGGCCUCUUUCUCUUCUAGAUACAAAACGUGUGAUGAGAAUUUCUACUUGCUGUUCUUGAUAUAAAUGUUGGCCUGUUUGAAGGUCUCCGCUUUAGACACAGAGGCUGAAUGAUGAGAGUAUAUUCUUUCUGCUCUACAUAGUAAGAUUGGCUGGUGAGCAUGUCCACUCUGUUACAAAUAAAACUGUCUGGUCAAACUGUCA